CGGCCGGCGGGGGCCCAGAUUUGGCCCGGCGCCCUGCUGUGCCCGUCCGUCCGUCCCCUCAGCGCCGGUCCUGCCCGCGGAGAGGCCGCUGGCGCACCCCGGGGCGCAACCCCGCACGCCACUUGUGCUUGUCUCCAGCAGCAGAUUGCUGCAAUGAAGCUGCAGCUGAAGGACAGCCAACAGCACGUUGAUGGCAUUAAUGUCAGAGACUCGUACAAGGUGCAGGUCUAAGGCCCAAAAGUUAAGUGCUUACACCUUUGACUGUGUUCAAUAGCAGUAUGUAAUAUGCCUAUAUACAGGCAUGUAGGCGCCUUCCUCCUAAGAGUACCCUCUUCUCUAUUGGUGGAUGAUGAUGCAACUCAGCAUCAUUUCAGAAUAAGGACUUAGGAAAAUAUAAAGGUGUUGUACAUUCCUUGGGCACUUCUGUUUGUAUAUCUAUCCUGGCAUUUCAAUUUUUCAUGCUUAAAAAUGAAUUUUACCAAGUAUGACACAACCAGUCUUUAUGGCAAAAAUAUUACCAUGGAGGUGGGGGGUGGGGAAUAUCACGGGAGGGGGGAAAGGAGAAACCUGCUUUUCUUUCCAAGUGAAUAUCAAAUACUGUUACUUCAGUUUUGGAGUCUUUUACAGGAGUUUUCAGUGCAGAUGACUGAGAAGCAGUUUGUAACGAGCCAGCUGAGUGGCAACAUGUGAGUGUAUAAACCAAGCAGGUCAGGAAUGGAAAUGUACUUUAUAGAGGCACAAUGGCCUCCUCCUUUGCUCUUGGGAGAGGUUGCAAUUUGCUGUUAGUAGGAAGCAGCAAAUUACUACCCCACUCUUUGCCAACUCAGCUGGCUGCGACUUUGUGAUCAGAGCAAAGGCUCUUCCCACUCGCUGUCCCCCUGCUAAGGAGCUGGGGAAGUAGCAGGUGCAGAUGCCUGCUUUCUUGUGUGACAUAAAUCCAAAGUCCUGCUACCUCAUUCACAGGCAGAAAGGGCAUAGGGCUUUUGUAAUCCUUUCUACUCACCACACAGCCAAGGUACAUACCCUAAGGCAGAUGGUGAUCAGCUGUCUCAAUCCAGAACUGUCAAUACCUUCUACAUCAGGGAACUGGUAAUGCCCUUGUUUUCCUUCGUUUUUCCUGUGGUUCAUUGUAGUUGUUGAAGAUUUUAGUGCUCUGUCAUGUAAAUCUUUACUUGCUGUGGGAGCUUCUGUUCCAGAUUGUCAGCAGAAUGGAUAUUCUGGAUCCUCUGCUAUGCUGAAAGAAACCUUUACUCAUUCUGUGAGAUAUUAAUGCAAAAUAUUUAAUAUAUUUUUUCCCUGUACAGGUUAGGACCGUGCAGCAAAAAGAAGUAUGACCGUAGUGAAAGAGGGUGGGGUUUUUUUGUUUGUUUGUUUUGUAUUGGUACUGGAAAGGAACACUACUGAACUGUAUUUGCUAUAUGAAAUUUUACUGUGUGUAAAAUGACAGUGCUGGGAGUCUUCACAAGGAUGCAUUUCAAUUAUCCAUCAUUGGUCCCUUUUGCCCUGUGUCGUACUUAGAAAAGCAGCAGAGUGCAGGAAAACAAAUGAAUACAAACUUAAUUAUAAAAUCAACCCUUGCUGCUUCAGGGUUAGAAAAUGUAAACAUUCCUUUUAUGUUGAAACUGUAAUCUUAGCGCCAUGCAUUAAUGAAUCUCUAUGAAAAUGCAAAGUAAGUAUAACUUAUUUUCUCCUUCCAAAUUUCCAAUGCCGUUUACUGAAAUGACAGCAAAAUCUAGGUAUCCAAAUUCUACAGUCUUCUAGAAUUGAAAAGAGUCUGCCAGGAUAACUUAUUAAAGCCAUGGGAUUCUGGCUGGGUAAUGGUGGAAUUCAAGAAAAAUCAGUGAAUUCCCAAUGACCUGGGACAGUUCUCUAGUGUGUCUUGCUUACUCAUUCUCAUUGCUCAUUUUCCUAGACUUUUCUGCAUCAUUUCCAUACCUCCAUCAGGAAGGUUUAUGUUCCUUAUUCUCUCAAGAGACUAGAUGAAAUAAUUACAAUUACAGUUUGCUUCUGAGCAACAUCCAACUUCCAGUUUGUAAUCCUGAGGACUUGUGAGAACUUUUGCUGUUGUCAUUUAUUGAUCAUGUUUAUGCUCCUAAGCCAUUUGUUCACAGCUAAUCUCUUCCACAUGGGGUUUAAUUACCCUCUUUCCUUGCACUGAGUGCACCAUGCUUCAGUGUUAAGAGUCUGAUUUCACUGUUAUUAAAAUAUUACAGAAAUGAGAGCCUUUUCAGCACAUAGCUGAAAUGCUGAGAUGUUGCCUAGCAUUUGUCCUUAUUGUUAGUAGUGCUUUUCAUCUCUUGAGUACUGCAGUGCUGGCAUGGACAGCUCUGACAACGGGAAGCUUUUGUGAUCAUCUGCCUCAUCGUGAUAACCAGUCACAAGCAAGAUUAGACAGUUUGAUCCUUAGAGUCCCGGAGGCUGCCUGGAAUAUCUUCUGCUCUAAUUUUUCUUCCAGGGCUUCUGAUCGUGCAGCUGAACCAACAGCAGAAACAAAAACAUAUGCAAACCCACCCGGCAGGCUGGAGCGCUUUCUGUCCAAAAUACUCCAAAGAAGUCAACAGUUAAUUGCAAACUUGGCAGCAUAAAACAAGGGGCAGUAAGCCAGAGAUGACUGACAAGAUGUCGAGCUUCCUUCAUAUUGGAGAUAUUUGUUCUCUCUAUGCAGAGGGCUCAACAAAUGGAUUUAUUAGCACUUUGGGUAGCCGUAAGGGCCUCAGGGUGGGUACAGUGACAGCAAAUUUUUUGAUGCCUACUGUCCAGAUGCCUCUGAUAAAUGGAGCUCCCAAGCAGGGUACAAAGACAGCAUCCUGCCUUGUGGAUGAUCGGUGUGUUGUACAGCCAGAAGCAGGUGAUCUUAACAACCCACCCAAAAAAUUCAGAGAUUGCCUGUUCAAACUGUGUCCCAUGAACCGGUACUCUGCUCAAAAGCAGUUCUGGAAAGCAGCAAAGCCAGGAGCUAACAGCACAACAGAUGCAGUGUUACUCAAUAAACUACAUCAUGCAGCAGAUUUGGAAAAGAAACAGAAUGAAACUGAAAACAGAAAGCUGCUGGGAACAGUCAUCCAGUAUGGCAAUGUUAUCCAGCUGCUUCACUUAAAAAGUAACAAAUACUUAACAGUAAAUAAGAGGCUUCCAGCUCUGCUAGAGAAGAAUGCUAUGAGGGUGACGUUAGAUGAAGCUGGAAAUGAAGGUUCCUGGUUCUACAUACAGCCCUUCUACAAACUGCGUUCCAUUGGAGACAGUGUUGUCAUUGGAGACAAAGUAGUCCUGAAUCCUGUCAACGCUGGCCAGCCUCUCCACGCCAGUAGUCAUCAGCUUGUUGAUAAUCCGGGAUGCAAUGAGGUCAACUCUGUGAAUUGCAAUACAAGCUGGAAAAUAGUCCUCUUCAUGAAAUGGAGUGAUAACAAAGAUGAUAUUCUCAAAGGGGGAGAUGUGGUGAGACUCUUUCACGCAGAACAGGAGAAGUUUCUGACGUGCGAUGAGCACAGGAAGAAGCAGCAUGUCUUCCUGAGAACAACAGGGAGGCAGUCGGCCACAUCUGCAACCAGUUCAAAAGCCCUGUGGGAAGUAGAGGUGGUGCAGCAUGAUCCUUGUCGUGGGGGCGCGGGGUACUGGAAUAGCCUUUUCAGGUUCAAGCAUCUUGCAACUGGACACUACCUAGCAGCAGAGGUAAACCCUGACUAUGAGGAAGAUGACCUGGAGUGUCAAUCCUCACUGGACCCUGAGCAGGAUGCCUCCAGAAGAGGCUUGCACAGUGCUCAGGAGAAGAUGGCUUACUCUCUGGUGUCUGUCCCUGAAGGGAAUGAUAUCUCCUCCAUCUUUGAGUUGGACCCUACCACCUUGCGAGGAGGAGACAGCCUUGUCCCCAGGAACUCUUACGUCAGACUUAGGCACCUUUGCACUAACACCUGGGUUCACAGCACCAACAUCCCUAUUGAUAAAGAAGAGGAGAAGCCUGUGAUGCUUAAAAUUGGUACCUCUCCAGUGAAAGAGGACAAAGAAGCUUUUGCUAUAGUACCAGUUUCCCCUGCAGAGGUUCGGGACUUGGAUUUUGCAAAUGAUGCAAGUAAGGUUUUAGGUUCCAUUGCUGGCAAGUUGGAAAAGGGAACAAUAACCCAGAAUGAAAGAAGAUCUGUUACCAAAUUGUUGGAGGAUUUGGUCUACUUUGUUACUGGUGGAACUAACUCUGGCCAAGAUGUCCUUGAAGUGGUAUUUUCUAAACCUAAUAGGGAACGGCAAAAACUGAUGAGAGAACAGAAUAUUCUAAAGCAGAUUUUCAAGUUGUUGCAAGCACCAUUUACAGACAGUGGUGAUGGCCCGAUGUUGCGGCUGGAGGAGCUCGGAGACCAGCGUCAUGCUCCUUUCAGACACAUAUGUCGGCUUUGCUACCGAGUCCUGAGACACUCUCAGCAGGAUUACAGAAAGAAUCAGGAAUACAUUGCAAAGCAGUUUGGCUUCAUGCAGAAGCAAAUUGGCUACGAUGUUUUGGCCGAGGACACUAUUACAGCACUGCUUCAUAACAAUCGCAAGCUCUUGGAGAAGCAUAUCACAGCUGCUGAGAUCGACACGUUUGUUAGUCUCGUGAGGAAAAAUAGGGAGCCCAGGUUUUUGGAUUACCUCUCGGAUCUGUGCGUUUCCAUGAACAAGUCUAUUCCAGUGACACAGGAGCUGAUUUGUAAAGCUGUGCUGAAUCCAGCAAAUGCAGACAUUCUCAUUGAAACCAAGCUGGUCCUCUCUCGAUUUGAGUUUGAAGAAGUGGCAAGUGGAGAAAAUGCUUUGGAAGUUGGAGAAGAUGAGGAAGAAGUGUGGUUGUUCUGGAGAGACAGUAACAAGGAGAUCCGCAGUAAGAGUAUCAGAGAGUUGGCUCAAGAUGCUAAGGAAGGGCAGAAGGAAGAUCGGGACGUGCUCAGCUACUACAGAUACCAGCUAAACCUCUUUGCUAGAAUGUGCCUUGAUCGACAGUACUUGGCCAUAAAUGAAAUAUCUGGCCAGCUGGAUGUGGACCUCAUUCUCCGUUGCAUGUCUGAUGAAAACUUGCCAUAUGAUCUGAGAGCAUCUUUCUGCCGGCUAAUGCUUCAUAUGCAUGUUGAUCGUGACCCCCAAGAACAAGUAACACCAGUGAAGUAUGCUCGCCUGUGGUCUGAAAUACCUUCUGAAAUUGCUAUUGAUGACUAUGAUAGCAGUGGAACUUCCAAAGAUGAAAUUAAGGAGAGAUUUGCACAAACAAUGGAAUUUGUAGAGGAAUAUUUAAGAGAUGUGGUGUGUCAGAGGUUCCCUUUCUCUGAUAAAGAGAAAAAUAAGCUCACUUUUGAGGUUGUUAACUUAGCCAGAAAUCUGAUAUAUUUUGGUUUCUACAACUUCUGUGACCUCCUCAGGCUAACCAAAAUCCUCCUUGCUAUAUUAGACUGUGUGCACAUCACUACCAUCUUCCCUAUUACCAAGAUGGCAAAAGGCGAGGAAAGUAAAGGGAGCAAUGUGAUGAGGUCCAUCCAUGGAGUCGGUGAGCUGAUGACCCAGGUGGUGCUCAGAGGCGGUGGGUUCUUGCCCAUGACUCCACUUGCUGCUGCUCCUGAGGGUAAUGUCAAGCAGAGCGAACCAGAGAAGGAGGACAUCCUGGUCAUGGACACAAAGCUGAAGAUCAUUGAAAUACUUCAGUUUAUUUUGAAUGUGAGAUUGGACUACAGAAUCUCCUGCCUACUUUGUAUAUUUAAACAUGAAUUUGAUGAAAGCAAUGCCCAGAUGUCUGAAUCACCCACUGGAAGCAGUAGUCAAGAAAUGCCAGCUAACGUACCAGGAGCCCUAGACUUUGAACAUAUUGAAGAACAAGCUGAGGGGAUCUUUGGUGGAAGGAAAGAGAAUACGCCACUGGAUUUGGAUGAUCAUGGUGGCAGAACGUUUCUCAGAGUUUUGUUGCAUUUGACAAUGCACGAUUAUCCUCCCCUGGUGUCUGGAGCACUUCAGCUGCUCUUCCGGCACUUCAGUCAGAGACAAGAAGUCCUUCAAGCUUUUAAGCAGGUUCAACUGCUUGUUACCAGCCAAGAUGUUGACAACUACAAGCAGAUAAAACAAGAUUUGGACCAACUGAGGUCGAUUGUGGAAAAGUCAGAGCUUUGGGUAUACAAAGGCCAGGGACCUGAUGAGACUAUGGAUGGAGUGCAAGGUGAAAAUGAACACAAGAAAAAAGAGGAAGGUCACAGCAAGUCCCAAAAGCCUGAAAGUACUAGCAGCUACAACUACCGUGUAGUAAAAGAGAUCCUGCUGCGGCUCAGCAAGCUCUGUGUUCAGGAAAGUGCCUCAGUCAGGAAGAGCCGUAAGCAGCAGCAGCGACUUCUGAGGAACAUGGGAGCUCAUGCGGUUGUGCUGGAGCUGCUGCAGAUCCCUUACGAAAAGGCUGAAGACACGAGGAUGCAGGAGAUCAUGAAGCUUGCACACGAGUUUUUACAGAACUUUUGUGCUGGGAACCAACAGAACCAGGCAUUGCUGCACAAGCACAUAAACCUGUUCCUUAACCCAGGGAUUCUGGAAGCAGUAACAAUGCAGCACAUUUUCAUGAACAACUUCCAGCUUUGCAGUGAGAUUAAUGAACGCGUUGUUCAACACUUUGUCCACUGUAUUGAAACACAUGGCAGAAAUGUUCAGUACAUAAAGUUCCUGCAGACAAUUGUCAAGGCGGAAGGAAAAUUCAUUAAGAAAUGCCAAGAUAUGGUAAUGGCUGAGCUGGUGAAUGCGGGAGAGGAUGUCCUAGUGUUUUACAAUGACAGAGCCUCCUUCCAGACUUUGGUGCAGAUGAUGAGAUCUGAGAGGGAUCGGAUGGAUGAAAACAGCCCACUGAUGUACCACAUCCACUUAGUAGAACUGCUUGCUGUGUGCACAGAAGGCAAAAAUGUCUACACAGAAAUAAAAUGCAACUCCCUUCUUCCUUUGGAUGAUAUUGUUAGGGUAGUAACCCAUGAGGAUUGCAUCCCUGAGGUCAAAAUUGCGUACAUCAACUUCUUGAAUCAUUGCUAUGUGGACACGGAAGUAGAAAUGAAGGAGAUUUACACUAGUAAUCAUAUGUGGAAGCUAUUUGAGAACUUCCUAGUUGACAUCUGUCGGGCUUGUAACAACACCAGCGACAGAAAGCACGCUGACUCCAUAUUGGAGAAGUAUGUUACAGAAAUCGUGAUGAGUAUAGUCACCACUUUCUUCAGUUCCCCGUUCUCUGAUCAGAGCACUACUUUGCAGACUCGCCAGCCUGUGUUUGUACAGUUGCUUCAAGGCGUGUUCAGAGUGUACCACUGCAACUGGUUAAUGCCAAGCCAAAAGGCAUCGGUGGAAAGCUGCAUUCGGGUCCUCUCAGAUGUAGCAAAAAGCCGAGCAAUUGCAAUUCCUGUAGACUUGGACAGUCAGGUCAACAAUCUCUUUCUGAAAUCUCAUAACAUUGUACAGAAGACUGCAAUGAACUGGCGAAUGACUGCAAGGAAUGCUGCCCGCAGAGAUUCGGUGCUCGCUGCUUCCAGGGAUUAUCGAAACAUAAUUGAAAGAUUACAGGACAUAGUAUCAGCUUUAGAGGAUCGCCUACGUCCUCUUGUCCAGGCAGAGUUGUCAGUACUGGUAGAUGUGCUUCACAGGCCUGAACUGCUCUUCCCAGAAAACACGGAUGCAAGGAGGAAAUGUGAAAGCGGAGGUUUCAUUUGCAAGUUAAUAAAGCAUACUAAACAGCUGCUAGAGGAGAAUGAGGAGAAACUAUGUAUUAAAGUAUUACAGACGCUCAGGGAAAUGAUGACCAAAGACAGAGGCUAUGGAGAAAAGAUUACCAUUGAAUUGGAUAAUGCUGAGCUGCCGCAACCUGCAGAAACGGAAAGCUCUGUAGAGCAGGAGCUUGAUCAAAGUCUACCACAGAGGCAACUGGAGGAUCAUAGAAGGGGUGAGGCACUCAGGCAAGUUUUGGUCAACCGUUACUAUGGCAAUGUGAGACCGGCCGGACGGCGCGAGAGCCUCACCACCUUCGGCAACGGCCCCUUGUCUGCCGGAGGCGCUGGCAAAGCCGGAGCGGGAGGAGGGAGCUCUGGAUCGAGUUCAAUGAGCCGAGGUGAGAUGAGUUUGGCAGAUGUCCAGUGUCAUCUGGAUAAAGAAGGUGCAUCCAACCUGGUCAUAGAUCUCAUCAUGAAUGCCACGAGUGACAGAGUCUUCCAUGAGAGCAUCCUGCUAGCCAUUGCCCUUCUGGAAGGUGGGAACACUACAAUACAGCAUUCGUUCUUCUGCCGACUGACAGAAGAUAAGAAAUCUGAAAAGUUCUUUAAGGUUUUUUAUGAUCGCAUGAAAGUGGCACAGCAAGAAAUCAAGGCUACUGUCACAGUCAACACUAGUGACUUAGGAAAUAAAAAGAAAGAUGAGGAGUCAGACAGAGAUGUACCGAGCAGGAAAAGAGUGAGAGAGCCUAUGACCCAAAUUACUGAGGAGGUCCGGGAUCAGUUGCUGGAGGCCUCUGCAGCUACAAGGAAGGCUUACAACACUUACCGGAGGGAGGCUGAUCCUGAUGACCAUUAUUCAGCAGGAGAAGGAGCACAGUCUGCGGCAGACAAGAGCAAAGAUGACCUGGAGAUGAGUGCUGUGAUCUCAAUAAUGCAACCCAUCCUCCGGUUCUUGCAGCUGCUCUGCGAAAACCACAAUCGGGAUUUGCAGAAUUUCCUACGCUGCCAGAACAACAAGACAAACUACAACUUGGUGUGUGAGACGCUGCAGUUUCUGGACUGUAUCUGUGGAAGCACAACUGGUGGACUUGGACUUCUUGGUCUGUAUAUAAAUGAGAAAAAUGUAGCACUAAUCAACCAGACGCUGGAAAGUUUGACCGAGUACUGUCAGGGGCCUUGCCACGAGAACCAGAACUGCAUUGCUACUCACGAAUCCAACGGUAUUGACAUCAUCACAGCAUUAAUUCUCAAUGACAUCAACCCUUUGGGAAAGAAGAGGAUGGACCUCGUGUUGGAACUGAAGAACAAUGCUUCAAAACUCCUCUUGGCGAUCAUGGAGAGCAGGCACGACAGCGAGAACGCGGAGAGGAUCCUCUACAACAUGAGGCCCAAGGAGCUGGUGGAGGUGAUAAAGAAGGCUUACCUGCAGGGAGAAGUAGAAUUUGAGGAUGGAGAGAAUGGGGAAGAUCUUGCAGCAUCUCCGAGGAACGUGGGACACAACAUUUACAUACUGGCUCAUCAGUUGGCUCGUCAUAACAAAGAGCUGCAGAACAUGCUGAAGCCGGGAGGUCAGAUAGAGGGAGACGAGGCUCUGGAGUUUUACGCCAAGCACACGGCACAGAUUGAGAUUGUCAGGUCGGACCGUACCAUGGAGCAAAUAGUCUUCCCCGUGCCCAGUAUCUGUGAAUUCCUCACGAAGGAGUCCAAGCUGCGGAUCUAUUAUACCACGGAAAGGGAUGAGCAAGGCAGCAAGAUCAAUGAUUUCUUCAUGAAAUCAGAAGACCUCUUUAAUGAGAUGAACUGGCAAAAGAAAUUGCGAGCUCAGCCUUUCCUAUACUGGUGUGCUCGCAACAUGUCCUUCUGGAGCAGUAUUUCCUUCAACCUGGCUGUCCUUAUGAACCUGCUCGUAGCCUUUUUCUAUCCAUUCAAAGGAAUUCGAGGAGGUACGCUGGAGCCCCACUUGUCAGGCUUGCUGUGGACAGCUAUGCUGAUAUCUCUGGCCAUCGUUAUAGCUCUUCCAAAGCCCCACGGCAUCCGAGCCUUAAUUGCUUCUACAAUAUUACGCCUAAUAUUUUCAGUUGGUUUACAACCUACUUUAUUUCUUCUGGGUGCAUUCAAUGUUUGUAACAAAAUCAUUUUUCUGAUGAGUUUUGUGGGUAACUGUGGAACCUUCACUAGAGGAUACAAGGCAAUGAUCAUGGAUGUAGAGUUUCUUUAUCACCUGCUGUACCUGCUGAUUUGCGCUCUGGGGCUCUUCGUACAUGAAUUCUUUUAUAGUUUGUUGCUCUUUGACUUGGUGUACCGGGAGGAGACCUUGCUGAACGUCAUCAAGAGCGUCACUCGCAAUGGGCGUUCCAUCAUCCUGACUGCCGUUCUCGCACUCAUCUUGGUCUACCUGUUCUCCAUAGUGGGGUACCUGUUCUUCAAAGAUGACUUCAUCCUGGAAGUAGACAAGCUCCCUAACGAAACGUUAUUGCCAGAUCGCACAGAACCAGGGGAGACCAUGACGGGAGAGUUUCUCUAUUCUGAUGUAUGCAAAGCAGGUAGCAGUGAAAACUGUUCUUCAAUCAUUCCUUCAGACCAACUGAUUGCUGAAGAAAUGGAGGAAGAGAAUAAAGAGCAUACGUGCGAGACGUUACUGAUGUGCAUUGUUACUGUACUGAGUCAUGGGCUCAGGAGUGGGGGUGGAGUAGGUGAUGUGCUCAGGAAACCAUCCAAAGAGGAACCUCUCUUUGCUGCUAGAGUGAUAUACGAUCUGUUAUUCUUCUUCAUGGUCAUCAUUAUUGUCCUUAACCUGAUUUUUGGUGUGAUCAUUGACACUUUUGCUGAUUUAAGGAGUGAAAAACAGAAGAAAGAAGAAAUUUUAAAAACUACUUGCUUUAUUUGUGGUUUGGAAAGAGAUAAGUUUGAUAACAAGACAGUCACAUUUGAAGAGCACAUUAAAGAAGAGCACAAUAUGUGGCAUUAUUUGUGCUUUAUUGUGUUAGUGAAAGUAAAAGAUUCAACAGAAUAUACAGGACCAGAAAGUUACGUGGCAGAAAUGAUCAAGGAGCGAAACCUGGACUGGUUCCCUCGGAUGCGGGCCAUGUCGCUUGUGAGCAGCGACUCGGAAGGAGAGCAGAACGAGCUGAGGAACUUGCAGGAGAAGUUGGAGUCCACCAUGAAGCUUGUGACCAACCUCUCUGGCCAGCUGUCAGAGCUUAAGGACCAGAUGACAGAGCAGAGGAAGCAGAAACAGCGCAUCGGUCUCCUAGGACACCCUCCGCCCAUGAAUGUGAACCCACAGCAACCGGCAUAAGUCGGGGGGGUCACUUGCCCCUCUCGCAAGAGCACGAGUAAUGCUAACCCAGAGCUCAGAUCCGACCACUGAGGCUGCUUCUGUGUACGUUCAGUUCAUUUUGUAAAUAACCUGUUUUUAUACUAUAUGUAUAUGACUGCUACUAUAUAAAGUUUUGGGCAUACGUAUUGUAAUUAGAACCGUUGGCAUGGGACGGAGGUUAAACUUCGUGCCAAAACUAUCAAAAUUGCCUUUUCCUUGGAAGGACUAAAGAGAGCACCUGAAUUGCACUUGAAAAGAAUAUUUGACUAUGUGACAUGUAUUUUGUAUUUAAAAAAGAAAUAGAAUAGCUAGUAUUUAUGUUUUUAUACAAUUGUGCAAUAUGAAUUAUGCAAUCACAAUAUAUUUGUAAUUCCUGAAUGUCCUAAAGGGAGUGCACAUCUUUGAAUCUGGUGUGUUAGUACAAUGUAAUAAAUGGUAUAAAAUUACAGGUGUAAAUGAGGCUGCUGCAAAAUUGUGUAACUGGUGAUUUUUCAUACCCUUGGACAUUUUUGUACCAUGUGUGUAAAUAUCUUGCAAUGCCAUAUCUGUUGCCUCUUCCUCCCAGAGAUAACACUGGGAAUACAUGAGCUGUUAGAUUGGUAUUGAUUUAAACAAAACAUUACUUUGAAGCUUCCAAACGAGGAAAGCAGGAGGUAUUUUUCAAGUGACUUCUUCAAAGUACUGAGGCUAGAAGAGCUCAGAUACCAGGUUUUUUAAAUGCGAAGAUUUCUUAAAGGGAACUUUUUAUGCAAAAUGAAGUUUGGGAUGAGGACGCACUACUGAUGAGUUGGUGCAGUCUCCUACGGGCAUUUUGUGCCACAACACCUAAACCCUAUCACGAGGCUGUCCAGGCUUUUGCAUUCUCAGUGUGCAGGAUCCUUUCCUUUUAUUUUUUCAUUAGAGACCUUUGUGCCUGCUAAAGCUUUAGCAAACAGGCAUCGCACCGACUGAAAUAUAACCUAUCCUGUUAGGCCUGUAGCUGAGCACUGACAUGUGUAAUGCUUCUGAGAGCGCCACUGGUUUGAGGUUGGUCUGUCCCACCCCUUACUCUCUGUCUCCCCCUCCAUUCACUCACUUUCUUUGGUUUCUGAUUCUAGAGAGUAUGAAAGGAAACUUGUUGGUUUGGUUUUUUUCCUCUCCAAUCCGUUGCAUAGUUUUAUACAUGGACCUCAUUUUACAAAAGCUAACUCCUCUGCAAUACUGUCUACAAAAAAAAAAAAAAAAAAAAAGAAAGGAAAAAAGCUACAGAGUUAUGAAAAUUUGUAAAUGCAUAAAUAUAGGUAUUUAAAUAAAUGAUGC